AUUUUACACCAUAACAAUAACUUAUUAAGUUUAAUUUUUUUUUUUUUAUUAUUGAUGCAUAUUUUAAUGGAAAUAAAGUUAGUUUAACUUCAAUGCAUAUUGGCAUUAGGUUGUUUUUACAGCAUUGCUAAUGCAUGCUGUUGAGGCCGGUGUUACCUUCACAAGGCUGCACUAGUAGUAGAGCUAACAGCUACCAGCUCUCAGCUGCAGCAGCUUCAGAGCAGGCAGGAGAGGAUCAGUCUUGUAUUUUGGAGGAAUGUGCUUCGUGCAGUGUCGUGUAACCAGCUGUUUUGUGGACUAGAGAAGGUGAGGAUGUUUGAUUCGUGUUCAUUUUAAGCCACACAAGCCUAUUUUCAUGCACGUGGAAGCUCCGUGUCGGCAGCGGCCACGCCCCCUCGUUGAGCCGUGCGUGCAUGCCUUCACACAGGUGAUAGUACUGAGCACAGGUGGUGGGGAUGAGGACAGCAGCUUUGAGCAGUUACAGAGUGGUCCGGUCAGUGUUUGGGAGCUGAAAACAGCUAAAAACAACUAAGGUAAUGUGGAGUUGUUUGUUUAAACAAGCUAGUGGCUACACUGUUCUUGUUAACUUGUAUUGUUAGGUCUGCUUGUUAAAUCGUAUGUGCUUAGCUGCAGCAGCUUCAGAGCAGGCAGGAGAGGAUCAGUCUUGUAUUUUGGAGGAAUGUGCUUCGUGCAGUGUGGUGUAACCAGCUGUUUUGUGGACUAGAGAAGGUGAGGAUGUUUGAUUCGUGUUCAUUUUAAGCCACACAAGCCGCAGUUUAUUUUCAUGCACGUGGAAGCUCCGUGUCGGCAGCGGCCACGCCCCCUCGUUGAGCCGUGCGUGCGUGCGUGCCUUGACACAGGUGAUAGUAAUGAGCACAGGUGGUGGGGGUGAGGACAGCAGCUUUGAGCAGUUACAGAGACAGCUAAAAACAACUAAGGUAAUGUGGAGUUGUUUGUUUAAACAAGCUAGUGGCUACACAGUUCUUGUUAACUUGUAUUGUUAGGUCUGCUUGUUAAAUCUUAUGUGCUUAAAACUGUAAGCUAUCAGUGUUUCCACAGAGGUUUUUGGCUGUUAUCGUUAUUAUGAAAGUGUAAAGUACAAUAGUGAGGAGCAACAAAGCUGUGGUACAGUAUCUGGUGCAGUGUGUGCCAUUUAAAAAUGCUGUUUAAUAUUCAUGUUGAUUAUUGACUAUUCCAUAACUGAAAGCAAGGAUGAAAUGUCAACAGGCUUUAUUUCUAUUUCAUUUUUUCCCCUGAGAUAGAGACUCACAGCACUCAUGUUGUCUUAUAUAGUAUUUUUAAGUGAACAUCUUGCAUCUGGUAGAUAACAGGUUGAGCUGUUUAUUGUUUUGGGUUGUUAUUUGAAUUAAAACAAAAUUAUGACAAACUAAUCACAUGUCAGAAGCACUGAUGUGAAAACCUCACAAACCAUGGUCCGUGUAAAUGUCAUAAAGGACCUUGGAUCGGAAAUGUGAACCCAGCAGUGUGCUAUCGCACAAUAGUCAAGUCAUCUGGAUACUGCUGUAAAUAUAAUUGAAUGUUAAUGUAAAAUUGUAUAUGUAGGUUAAGUUCUUGUUUGAAGAAGCAGGACAAGGACAGUGAGUGAGGAAGAGAUACAGAGACUGAGGAUGAUCAUUCAAGCAGAUGAAAGACUGCAUUUAUUUGCGUGUCUGUUCCUACUGGAUGCUAAUGAUGGGACAUCAAUCCCACAAGAGGUUCAAUGCAGCUGAUGUAGUUAUAGAAUCUCUGUACACUGAGAUUAUGUUACAUUAAAUUGUAGAGAGUUGAGUUUGUGGUCCAACACAGCUCUACACUAGAACAGACAUCAUCCUACUGUUAAUAUUUAGUUAAUGUGCAGCCUAUUUCUGUUGUAGAAGCAUUAAGUCCUUUGUAUUAAAUUUAAACUUGAAUGUUGAUUUAUGAGCUCAGAAUAUAGCUUCUGCUCAGAUGCCACAUGUAAAUUACUAGACUUCUAGUACAUAAUAAUCCUAACAACAAUCUUCUUUUAAUUAUGUUACUCUGGCUUUUGUCACUGGCCAGUGAAUCAUGCAGAGGCGAAGGCGCAUAAAUCCAAUGGAUGAUGCAAAAUUUUUUGCUCACACUGGAAGGGAUAAACUUGGACUGGACAUCAAUUACAUUAAUGCUUUCAAAGGUCGUGGUAUCUUCACCUCUGCUCCUUUUGAAAAAGGCGACUUUCUCUGCGAAUAUCGAGGUGACCUAAUAACAAACGAAGAAUGUGAAAGGAGACAGAAAAUAUACCAUGACGCCCUUAAGGUGUUCAUGUUCGAGUUCCGUUUUAGUGGUAAACUGUGGUGUGUUGAUGCAGCAAAGGAAGAUGGAUCACUCGGAAGACUAGUAAAUGACGACCAUAUCAGCCCUAAUGCAAAGAUGAAGUACCUGAAUGUGCAGGGGAAACCCCAUCUGUGUUUAUUUGCCAUACGGGACAUAGUUGCAGGAGAGGAGAUAACCUAUAACUAUGGUGACUCAGACUGGCCGUGGAGAAGCAAGAAAUCUGGAGGGAUGUCAUCGGAUGUCAAACAUGGUGAGGCACCAUGCACAGCAAAGCUUUCUACGAGAACUCAAAAGAGGUCAACACAUGAAGCCCCAAAAAUGAUGCCUACAAGGACAUCAGCUGGUCGUCCUGAAUGCUUUAAUAAGGGUAUUGAUGAGGAUAUGCCUCAGGGAAGUCCUAAUACCACAAAUUCCCAGACCCUAGAUGAAGGUCAUGUACAGAUGACUAUCGAAAGAAGCCAGAUUGAGAUGACUGCAAGCAACCUGAACCAGACAAGUCCAGUGCUUGAUCCACUCACCAGGACUGGACAGAUGAUGACCGAAAGAGGCCAGAUUGAGAUGAGUGCAAGCAACCUGAACCAGACAAGUCCAGUGCUUGAUCCACUCACCGGGAUUGGACAGGGUAUUAAUGAGGAUAUGCCUCAGGGAAGUCCUGAGACCACAAAUUCCCAGACCCCAGAUGAAGGUCAUGUGCAGAUGACGACCGAAAGAGGCCAGAUUGAGAUGAGUGCAAGCAACCUGAACCAGAGAAGUCCAGUUCUUGAUCCGCUCACCAGAAUUGGACAGAUGACGACCGAAAGAGGCCAGAUUGAGAUGAGUGCAAGCAACCUGAACCAGAGAAGUCCAGUGCUUGAUCCACUCACCAGGAUUGCACAGAUGACGACCGAAAGAGGCCAGAUUGAGAUGAGUGCAAGCAACCUGAACCAGAGAAGUCCAGUGCUUGAUCCACUCACCGGGAUUGCACAGAUGAUGACCGAAAGAGGCUUGAUUGAGAUGAGUGCAAGCAACCUGAACCAGAGAAGUCCAGUGCUUGAUCCACUCACCAGGAUUGCACAGUGUCCGAAACAUCACCUAGUGUGCGCAACAAUAGGCUCCUUGGACAAGUGUGUUCAGUGUGUGGGACCUGUAUCCUCCAAGUGGCUUGGCUAUCAAUGCAAAGUCUGUUCAGGAGUCUGGCAUAAAUCCUGCCUCAGACGAAUAAAUGAUAACCUCCAACACCACUCAAAGGGGCAGCAGUUUUCUGAAUGUCCUGAGGGUGAGCUGUCGUCAGAUCAGGAGAACAUGUCUGAUAUGGAAUACGUACCAGACUCUGAGUCACAAGAAGAUGAAGAAGAUGAAGAUAAUGAAGACUCAGAUGCAAGAGUGCCCUUUAUGUCUAAUCAUUCAAAACGAGAACAGAUUCAAGUAAAUCCAGCGAUGCCCGAUGUCAGAACAUCUAAAGUGUCAGACACAAGCUUUCCAGUUGUACCCAGCACGUCAAAGUCUUGGCAACCUCUUGAAGAUGACAUGGGUGCCAAUGCUGCUAAAAUGUCGAAUGAUAAGCCAGAGGGUGAAGCUGAGAUUCACAAACCAGAAUCAACACAUCUGACAUUGAGCAAAAAAAAUUUCUGUUAUGUUUGUGGUAAACCACAAAGCAAAAUUUCACGCCACUUGAAAACGCAUAAGACACAUGCUGAAAUUGUACAUGCAUUUUCUCUCCCUGAGCACUCCAAAGAGCGCAAAAAACUGAUAGAAAAAAUGAGGAAUAAAGGAAAUUUUAGACAUAACGCUACAGUUUUACAAGAAGGAACCGGACAACUGAAGGUGAAGAAAAAAACAAAAGCUAAAGUUGUAGCAGGAAACUUUAUUCACUGUAUGUACUGUCAAGGAAUGUACAUUCGUAAGGAGCUUUGGAGACAUGUCCGCAGAUGCCCCUGCAAGCCAGAAGAUUUGGAUGAAGAACCUGGAAGAACAAAAGUGCUGGGUUUGGCUGGAGCUCAACAGUCUAUGUCCUGUCAGCAGAUUCCAAGUGGAGUGUGGAAGCUGAUUAGUGUAAUGAGGCAGGAUGAGGUUACCUCUGUUGUGCGGAAUGACUUUUCAAUUAUUCAGUUUGCCCAGUCACUUUACAACAGGCACGGACACGACCCUACAAAAUAUGAAUACAUAAGACAGAAGCUUCGUGAAAUCGGACGUCUGUUGUUAUGUUUGCGCACGGACUUCUCAGUACAUAACCUAGAGGACGCUGUUAAACCUGCAAACUUUAAGACAGUUGUGCAAGCAGUGAAAAAAGUUUCAGGUUUCGAUGAUGAAAAGCUGUCAUACCGAACACCCAGCCUUGCACUUAAAUUAGGACAUGCUCUGAACAAAAUCAAUGACAUCAUUCAUUGUCGGGCCCUCAUGGCUGAAGAUGAUGAACUGGUCAAGUCCACUGGCUUUUUCAAAAAAUUGUACACAUCCAAGUGGGCUGAGUUGGUGUCUCACAGUGCACUGAACACGCUGAGUGAUGCAAAGUACAACAAACCAUCAACUCUACCCUUCACAGAAGAUGUUCAGAUGCUUCAUCAGUUCCUCCAGAAAUCUGCAGAAAGUGCCUUUAGCAAAUUGAAGGAGGAGGCCACGGCUCAAAAUUAUGGUCGUCUUGCAAAUGCUACACUUUCACAAAUAAUUGUUUUUAAUCGUAGACGUGCUGGGGAGGUUUCGAAGAUGCGCCUCAAAAGCUUUGAGCAGAGGGACUGCUCAAAGCUCCAUGACGAUGUUGCUAUCGGACUAUCACAUGUUGAACAGAAGCUCUGCAACUUUUUUAGCAGAAUAGAAAUUAUGGGAAAAAGAGGGAGAAAAGUUGCAGUUCUGCUCACCCCAAGUGUUUUAGAUGCUCUGUCACUUUUGAUUAGUAAACGGUCUGAGUGUGGUAUUUGUGCCACAAAUGUCUUCUUGUUUGCGAGACCCAAGUCAAUGAGCCACUAUAGAGGACAGGACUCUUUGCGUGUCCAUGCAAGCCAGUGUGGAGCAAAGCACCCUGAGCACCUCAGGUCUACACAGCUCAGGAAGCAUGUUGCCACACUUUCCCAAGUACUAAAUUUAAAAAACAAUGAACUUGAUCAGGUUGCAGAUUUUCUUGGUCAUGACAUUCGUGUUCACAGAGAUUUUUAUAGAUUACCAGUUCCCACCACACAACUGGCCAAGAUUUCAAAACUGCUUUUGACCAUGGAAAAGGGACAUCUCUCCAGCCUGCAAGGGAAAUCUCUGGAUGAGAUUGAACUAGAAGAGGAACUUGCACUGACUGACACUGAGGCCAAGGACAGUGAGGGUGAGUCGGAUGAGAGUGACACAGCUGUCACAGCAUCAGAAGGUGGAAAUGCCGAGCCUGUUGGUGCUGCAUUAGCUUCUACACUCACAGAACAGGUCCAGGAAACUGCAGAUUUAGCAGGAACUGUGUCGUCCACAGUAGAUGAGACUGCUUCUCCGUCUGAAGGCAAAACUCAUCAAGAACAUCAUUCCAGAAAAGUGAAAAAGAAGAUCUGGUCCAAGGCUGAGGAGGCUGCAGUAAUGCGGCACUUCAAAGCUUACAUACUCAAAGGAAGACUAGCCACCAAACAUGAAUGCAGUCACUGCAAGAUGGUCGAAGGCUCCGUGUUAGCACAACGAACAGUGCAAAAUAUAAGGGACUUUGUGAGAAACCGGGGAACAACUGCAAAGAGAAAGGCAGAGCAGCAAAAGCUGUAAAUCCACUGACUUGUGUUCAUUUGUUUUUGUUUGCAUUGUGGUUUGGCUGAUGCCUUAACGUUUUAAAAGGCAAAAUGUUUCAAAAAAUGUUAUUUUAAAGUGGAUAAAAGUAAUACUUCAGCAGACAAGCUAAUGGAAGUUCAUAAUGCCCAUUUUUUUUUUGUUUUUAGCGUGUGUGGCUGCUAAGAAAUUAGGUUUUGCUGUAUGCAAAUCCUGUUUACAAUUGUAAUAGGUAUUUGAAGUUCGCUCCAAACAAAUGCUAAAAAAAAUCCAGUUCUGUUUUUCUUCAUCUUGUGGUUAAGCUCAGAAUUGGGAUCACUUAAAAAUAAGUGAUCCCAAU